CGCGCGCCGCUCGGGGAAGGCUUUCCACACCCCUUCCGGCGCCGCGCUCGGUGUUUCUCUCUCUUUUUCCGGACGCGGCCAGGGAGGAAGCGCCAUCAUGGGAGUGGACAUCCGCCACAACAAGGACCGGAAGGUCCGGCGCAAGGAGCCCAAGAGCCAGGACAUCUACCUGCGGCUGCUGGUCAAGCUCUACCGGUUUCUGGCCAGGAGGACCAACUCGACCUUCAACCAGGUGGUGCUCAAGAGGCUGUUCAUGAGCCGCACCAACCGGCCGCCCCUGUCGCUGUCCCGGAUGAUCCGGAAGAUGAAGCUGCCAGGCCGGGAAAACAAGACAGCUGUGGUUGUGGGGACCAUCACCGACGACGUGCGCGUGCUGGAGGUGCCCAAGCUCAAGGUGUGCGCCCUGCGUGUGACCAGUCGCGCCCGCAGCCGCAUCCUCAAGGCGGGCGGCAAGAUCCUCACCUUCGACCAGCUGGCGCUGGACUCCCCCAAGGGCCGGGGCACCGUGCUGCUCUCCGGUCCUCGAAAGGGCCGAGAGGUGUACCGGCAUUUCGGCAAGGCCCCUGGCACCCCGCACAGCCACACCAAACCCUAUGUCCGCUCCAAGGGCCGGAAGUUCGAGCGCGCCAGAGGCAGACGGGCCAGCCGCGGCUACAAAAAUUAAUUCUGCAUCCUGUACUGUUAAUAAAAAUGUUUUGGAUGAA